AUGAAUUAUUUACGUUUCCAGUAUACUACUACUACUACUACUACUACUACUACCACCACUACUACUACUACUACUACUACUACUACUACUACUACCACCACCACCACUACUACUACUACUACUACUACUACUACUACUACUACUACUACUACUACUACCACCACUACUACUACUACUACUACUACUACCACCACUACUACUACUACUACUACUACUACUACUACCACUACUACUACUACUACUACUACUACUACUACUACUACUACUACUACUACCACCACCACUACUACUACUACUACUACUACUAUUCAGUAA